AUGAUUGACGUGGACCGAAAGAAGGGUGUCAAGGACGACUCCAGAGGGAAGACUGGAAGGGCCCAGCUUGGACACAUCAAAUUUAAGAUGCCUAUGAGACAGCACAAGUGUGAUAACUGGGACUUUUCCACCAACAUUUCCAGGAGACUGGACCCCAAGGAGCCCCUGGGUAGCCAGAGAGCAGCUUCCCCAACCCCGAAGCAGGCUUCUGCUACCGCUCCGGGCCGUGAGAGCCCCCGAGAAACAAGGGCACAGGGCCCAGCAGGCCAGGAGGCUGAUGGCCCCCGCAGAACGCUGCAGGUAGACAGCAGGACGCAGAGAUCAGGGCGCUCCCCCUCUGUGUCACCAGACAGAGGCAGCACCCCCACAUCACCCUACUCCGUCCCCCAGAUUGCUCCCCUUCCCAGCAGCAUGCUGUGUCCCAUAUGUAAGACUUCGGACCUCACAUCGACCCCCAGCCAGCCAAACUUCAACACCUGCACCCAGUGUCACAACAAGGUCUGCAACCAGUGUGGGUUCAACCCCAACCCUCACCUUACCCAGGUGAAGGAAUGGCUCUGUCUGAACUGCCAGAUGCAGAGGGCUCUGGGGAUGGACAUGACCACUGCGCCUCGCUCCAAGAGCCAGCAGCAGCUGCAUUCCCCAGCCCUGUCUCCUGCCCACUCUCCAGCCAAACAGCCCCUGGGGAAGCUGGAGCAAGAGAGAUCACGGGGUCCAGGGGGAUCACCUGGCCCCCGCCAGGGUGAGACAGCCAGGGCCACCUCAGUGCCAGGGUCUGUCCAAGCAGCUGGCCCUCCAGAAGUGGGCAGAGUGUCUCCUCAACCCCAUCACCCCACCAAGCCUUCCACAGCUGAGCCCAGGCCACCUGCAGGAGAGCCUCUGGCCAAAAGUGCCACUACAGUGCCCCCUGGGCCUGGUGCUGCUGAGCAGACUCAGGAGGGCCUCACUGGGAAGCUCUUUGGCCUUGGUGCGUCACUGCUGACCCAGGCGAGCACCCUCAUGUCUGUGCAGCCUGAGCCUGACCCCCAAGGACAGCCUGCCUCCAGCAAGGGACCACCCAAGAUUGUCUUCAGUGAUGCCAGCAAGGAGGCUGGCCCUAGACCCGCAGGCUCAGGACCCGGGCCUGGGCCAGCACCUGGAGCCAAAACUGAGCCCGGAACUCGAACAGGUCCUGGAUCAGGGCCUGGAGCCCUGGCAAGAACUGGGGGAACAACCAGUCCAAAGCAUGGCAGAACAGAACACCAGGCAGUGUCCAAGGCUACUGCCAAGCCAAAGACCAUGCCGAAAGAAAGGGCCACCUGCCCACUGUGCCAAGCUGAGCUCAACGUGGGCAGCAAGGGCCCAGCCAACUAUAACACCUGCACUACCUGCAAGCUCCAGGUGUGCAACCUGUGUGGCUUCAACCCAACACCCCACUUGGUGGAGAAAAGUGAGUGGCUCUGUCUGAACUGCCAAACUAAGCGGCUGCUGGAAGGCAGCUUGGGAGAACCUACUCCCCUGCCACUGCCUACCACCCCACAACAGCCCCCUGCGGGGGCUCCUCACCGUGCAGCUGGACCUUCCCCUCAGAAGCAGAAAGGGCCACAAGGGCUGGGCCAGCCAUCAGGCACCCUGCCUGUCAAGGCCAGCCCCCCACCCACCAAGGCCAGCCCCCCACCCACCAAGGCCAGUCCUCAGGUCAAGCCCCCCAGGGCUUCUGAACCCAGUAGGACACCAAGCAGUGCCCAGGAAAAGAAGACUGGAGUCCCAGUAAAAGCUGAGCCUGUGCCGAAACCACCUCCAGACACUACCCUGCCCCCCGGGACUCCUAAAGCGAAGACCGGGGCCCGGAAGAUUGAACCUGCCACCCCUGUGGUCAAGCCUGUUCCAGAGGCCCCUAAGGGUGGGGAGGCAGAGGAGCUGGUGGGCAAGCCUUACUCUCAGGACCUGUCUCGGAGCCCACAGAGCCUCAGUGACACAGGCUAUUCCUCCGAUGGCGUCUCCAGCUCCCAGAGCGAGAUCACAGGUGUUGUGCAGCAGGAGGUGGAGCAGCUGGACAGUGCCGGGGUGACAGGGCCACGCCCACCCAGCCCCUCUGAGCUCCACAAGGUGGGAAGCAGCAUGCGGCCUUCCCUAGAGGCCCAGGGCUUGGCCCCGAGUGGUGAGCGGAGCAAGCCACCCAGCAGCAGCAGCGCUGAGGAUCAGAAGCCCCGGCCCCACUCCUUGUCCAUCAUGCCAGAGGCCUUUGACUCUGAUGAGGAACUGGAGGAUAUCCUGGAGGAAGAGGAAGACUCUCUGCAGUGGGGGCGCCAGAGGGAGCAGCAGGACACAGCUGAGUCCUCGGAUGACUUUGGCAGCCAGCUGAGGCACGAUUACGUGGAGGACAGCAGUGAGGGUGGGCUGUCCCCUCUCCCACCCCAGCCUCCUGCCAGGGCAGCAGAACUGACUGAUGAGGAGUUCAUGCGGCGGCAGAUACUGGAGAUGAGCGCCGAGGAAGAUAACCUGGAAGAGGAUGACGUUGCCACCUCGGGGCGUGGCCUGGCCAAACACGGCACCCAGAAGGGUGGCCCUAGGUCCCAGUCAGAACCCAGCCAAGAACCAGCAGCACUGCCCAAGAGGCGCCUGCCCCACAAUGCUACCACGGGCUACGAGGAGCUACUCUCUGAGGGAGGCCCCGCAGAGGCCACCGACAGCAGUGGUGCCCUGCAGGGUGGGCUCCGCCGCUUCAAGACCAUUGAGCUCAACAGCACGGGCAGCUAUGGCCAUGAACUGGACUUGGGCCAGGGCCCUGAUCCCGGCCUGGACCGGGAACCUGAGCUGGAGAUGGAGAGCCUGACAGGCUCACCUGAGGACCGCUCCCGCGGGGAGCAUUCCUCCACACUGCCAGCCUCCACACCCAGCUACACGUCGGGCACCUCCCCCACCUCCCUGUCCUCACUCGAGGAGGACAGUGACAGCAGUCCCAGCCGCAGACAGCGGCUAGAAGAAGCGAAACAGCAGCGCAAGGCCCGGCACCGCUCCCAUGGACCCCUGCUGCCCACCAUCGAGGACUCCUCGGAAGAGGAGGAGCUGCGGGAAGAGGAGGAGCUGCUGCGGGAGCAGGAGAAGAUGCGGGAGGUGGAGCAGCAGCGAAUCCGCAGCACAGCCCGGAAGACCCGGCGUGACAAGGAAGAACUGCGGGCCCAGCGGCGACGGGAACGCUCCAAGACACCCCCUAGCAACCUGUCGCCUAUUGAGGAUGCCUCCCCCACUGAAGAGCUGAGGCAGGCAGCUGAGAUGGAGGAGCUACAUCGCUCCUCCUGCUCUGAAUACUCGCCCUCGCCCUCCCUUGACUCAGAGGUUGAAGCCCUGGAUGGUGGCCCCUCCCGGCUUUACAAGUCAGGCAGUGAGUACAACUUGCCCACCUUCAUGUCCCUCUACUCGCCAACAGAGACACCCCUGGGCAGCACCUCCACUCCCAGUUCUGGCCGACCCCUUAAGAGUGCUGAGGAGGCCUAUGAAGAGAUGAUGCGGAAAGCUGAGCUGCUCCAGCGGCAACAAGGCCAGGCAGCAGGGGCCCGGGGGCCUCAUGGUGGCCCCUCUCAGCCCAUAGGCCCCCGGGGCCAGGGUUCCUUUGAAUACCAGGACACCCCAGAUCACAGCUAUGGUAGGGCUGCUCAGCCUGCCUCAGAGGGCACACCAGCUGGUCUGGGAGCAGCCGUGUACGAGGAGAUUCUUCAGACAUCACAGAGUAUUGCCCGCAUGCGUCAGGUCUCCUCGAGGGACCUGGCUUUUGCAGAAGACAAGAAGAAGGAGAAGCAGUUUUUGAAUGCCGAGAGUGCAUAUGUGGACCCAAUGAAGCAAAAUGGUGGCCCACUUACCCCUGGUACCAGUCCCACCCAACUUGCUGCCCCUGUGUCCUUUUCCACUUCCAUCUCCUCAGACAGCAGUGGGAGCCGAGUCAUUCCUGAUGUCCGAGUCACUCAACAUUUUGCAAAGGAGUCUCAGGACUCCCUCAAGCUGCACAGCUCUCCUGCCUCCCCCAGCUCUGCUUCCAAAGAAGUAGGCACAUCCUUUUCCCAAGGCCCUGGCACCCCAGCCACCACCACUAUGGCUCCUUGUCCGCCUGGACUGCCACAAGGAUAUAUGACUCCAACCUCCCCAGCCAGCUCUGAGCGCAGCCCUUCACCAUCUUCUAUAGGCCACAGCUAUGUACAGACCCCAGCCACUGCGAACUAUGGGUCCCAAACUGAGGACUUACCCCUGGCCUCCAGCGUACGGGCUGCCAGAGAGAAGCCCCCAAGUAUGAGUGAUGGUGAGAGCGGCAUAUCCCAGCCCUCCCGGGGAUAUGCCUACUUUUCAGGCUCCAGCCCACCUCUCUCCCCGUCUUCUCCCUCAGAGAGCCCCACGUUCUCCCCUGGCAAGCUGGGUGCCAGGGCCACAGCAGAGUUCUCUACACAGACGCCAAGCCCAACCCCUGCCUCAGACAGGCCACGGAGCCCUGGUGCCCCUACCCUGGCACCUAUGGUGGCUCAGGGCACACAAACACCACACCGACCCAGCACACCUCGCCUGGUGUGGCAGCAGUCCUCUCAGGAGGCCCCCAUUGUGGUCAUCACACUGGCGUCAGAUGCCUCCAGCCAGACGAGGAUGGUGCAUGCCAGUGCCUCCACCUCCCCAGUGUGCUCACCCACUGACAGCCACCCCACCAGCCACAGCUAUAGCCAGACAACGCCUCCAAGUGUGUCUCAGCUGCCCCCAGAGCAACCUGGGCCACAUGGCUUCCCGCGAGCGCCUAGUGCUGGUGCAGAUGGGCCCCUGGCACUAUAUGGCUGGGGUGCCCUCCCCGCUGAGAACAUCUCCCUGUGCCGUAUCUCCUCUGUCCCUGGAACAUCCAGGGUGGAGCCAGGCCCCAGACCCCCCGGCAGUGCCGUGGUAGACCUUCGUACAGCCGUCAAGCCCACACCCAUCAUCCUAACUGACCAGGGCAUGGACCUGACUUCUCUUGCUGUGGAAGCCAGGAAGUAUGGCCUUGCCCUGGACCCAAUCCCAGGUCGGCAGUCGACCGCUGUGCAGCCCUUGGUUAUCAACCUCAAUGCCCAGGAGCAGACACAUGCUUUCCUCAGCACCGCCACCACCGUAAGCAUCACCAUGGCCUCGUCUGUGCUCAUGGCUCAGCAAAAGCAACCUGUGGUCUAUGGAGACCCCUUCCAGAGCCGACUUGACUUUGGUCAGGGUACAGGUAGCCCUGUGUGCCUGGCCCAGGUCAAGCAGGUAGAACAGGCUGUCCAGACAGCCCCAUACCGAGGUGGGCCCCGGGGCAGACCUAGGGAAGCCAAGUUUGCCAGAUAUAACCUGCCCAACCAGGUAGCACCUCUAGCCAGAAGGGACGUUUUGAUUACGCAGAUGGGCACCGCCCAGAGUGCUGGCCUCAAGCAGGGCCCAAUGCCAGAGCCUGGUGCCGAGCCCCACCGGGCAGCGCCUGCAGAACUACGGUCACAUGCUCUGCCGGGGGCCAGGAAGCCACAUACAGUGGUGGUACAGAUGGGAGAGGGGGCAGCAGGCACUGUGACCACACUGCUCCCAGAGGAGCCUGCGGGUGCCCUGGAUCUCACCGGGAUGAGACCGGAGAGCCAGCUGGCGUGCUGUGACAUGGUCUACAAGUUUCCUUUCGGCAGUAGCUGCACAGGCACCUUCCACCCCACCCCUAGCGCACCUGAGAAGAGCGUGGCAGAUGUGGUCCCACCUGGCCAAAGCAGCGGCCCCUUCUAUAGUCCUCGAGACCCUGAGCCUCCUGAGCCCCCCACCUACCGGACACAGGGGCUAGUGGGGCCCGGGCCCCAUGAGGAACAGAGGCCCUUCCCACAGGGCCUCCUUGGCAGGCUGUACUCCUCCAUGUCUGACACCAAUUUGGCUGAGGCUGGCCUCAACUACCACGCCCACAGGAUUGGGCAGCUCUUCCAGGGCCCUGGACGAGACUCAGCUAUGGACCUCAGCUCACUGAAGCAUUCCUACAGCCUGGGCUUUGCCGAUGGACGUUACCUAGGGCAGGGCCUGCAAUAUGGCUCAUUCACAGACCUACGUCACCCCACGGACCUUUUGACUCACCCGCUUCCCAUGCGGCGCUACAGCUCAGUGUCAAACAUCUACUCAGACCACAGGUAUGGCUCACGGGGAGAAGCAGCUGGCUUUCAGGAGGCCAGCCUGGCCCAGUACAGUGCCACCACGGCCCGCGAGAUCAGCCGCAUGUGUGCUGCCCUCAACUCCAUGGACCAGUAUGGAGGGCGGCAUGGCAGCAGUGGUGGCGGCCCUGACCUCAUACAAUAUCAUCCCCAGCCUGGGCCAGGGCUCAGUGCCCCGCAGGGCCUGGCUCCCCUCAGACCUGGCCUCCUUGGGAACCCCACCUUCCCAGAGGGUCACCCAGGUCCCGGGAACCUGGCCCAGUACAGACCUACCGCAGGCCAAGGGACGGCAGUCAGACAGCUGCUGCCAUCCACAGCCACAGUGCGUGCAGCUGAUGGCAUGAUCUAUUCAACUAUCAACACCCCGAUUGCUGCAACACUGCCCAUAACCACCCAGCCCGCCUCAGUACUAAGGCCCAUGGUACGUGGUGGCAUGUACAGGCCUUAUGCGUCCGGUGGAGUCACAGCUGUGCCACUUACCAGUUUGACACGUAUGCCCAUGAUUGCCCCCCGGGUACCUCUUGGGCCCCCAGGGCUAUACCGAUAUCCUGCACCAAGUAGAUUCCCUGCUGCUUCCAGUGGCCCACCUGCUGAGGGUCCUGUCUACCUGGGGAAACCUGCUGCUGCCAAGGCACCAGUGGCUGGAGGCCCACCAAGGCCAGAACUGCCAGCAGGAGCCACAAGGGAAGAACCUCUUUCCACAACCACCCCUGCUGCUGCCAAGGAGGCUACAGCAGCCCCGGCUCCAGCCCCUCUGGCUGGCCAGAAGCCACCAGUAGAUGCUGCUCCUGGGGGUGGCAGUGGGGCCCUGAGCCGGCCAGGGCUCGAGAAGGAGGAAGCCUCACAGGAGGAGAGGCAGCGGAAGCAGCAGGAGCAGCUGCUUCAGCUGGAGCGAGAGCGGGUGGAGUUAGAGAAACUGCGGCAACUGCGGCUGCAGGAGGAGCUAGAGCGGGAACGCGUGGAGCUUCAGAGACACCGCGAGGAAGAGCAGCUGCUGGUGCAGCGGGAGUUGCAGGAGCUGCAGACCAUUAAGCACCAUGUACUGCAACAACAGCAGGAAGAACGCCAGGCUCAGUUCGCCCUGCAGCGGGAGCAGCUAGCUCAGCAGCGCCUGCAGCUGGAGCAGAUCCAACAGCUGCAACAACAGCUGCAGCAGCAGCUAGAAGAACAGAAGCAGCGGCAGAAGGCCCCCUUCCCUGUGGCCUGUGAGGCACCUGGUCGAGGACCUCCCCCAGCUGCCACUGAGCUGGCUCAAAAUGGCCAAUACUGGCCACCCCUGACCCAUGCAGCCUUCAUUGCUGUGGCAGGGCCUGAGGCGCCCGGGCAGUCCCGUGAGCCUGUGCUGCACCGGGGUCUCCCCAGUUCUGCUUCAGACAUGUCGCUGCAGACUGAGGAACAGUGGGAGACAGGCCGCAAUGCCAUCAAGAAGCGGCACUCCAUGCCACGUCUUCGGGACAUCUGCGAGCCAGAAUCGGGGCCUGAACCCUGCGUGGUAAAGAGGAUUGCAGAUAGCAGCGUGCAGACAGACGAUGAGGAUGGAGAGGGCCGCUACCUCCUGACCAGGCGGCGCCGGACACGGCGGAGCGCUGACUGCAGCGUGCAGACUGAUGAUGAAGAUAAUGCUGAGUGGGAGCAGCCAGUGCGACGCCGCAGGUCUCGGCUCUCCCGUCACUCAGACUCAGGCUCUGACAGCAAGGCCGAUGCCACUGCCUCAUCGUCCACUGCUCCUACCACAGGGAGGGCCAUGAGCAGCGUGGGCAUCCAGACCAUCAGCGACUGCUCCGUGCAGACAGAGCCUGACCAGCUUCCCAGAGUCUCUCCAGCCAUCCACAUCACAGCUGCCACUGACCCGAAGGUGGAGAUCAUCAGGUACAUCUCAGCGCCAGAGAAGACUGGACGUGGGGAAAGCCUGGCCUGCCAGACUGAGCCAGAUGGACACGCCCAGGGCGUGGCUGCAACACAGCUUGUAGGACCAACUGCCAUCAGUCCCUACCUGCCUGGCAUCCAGAUCGUCACCCCAGGGCCCCUGGGCAGAUUCGAGAAAAAGAAGCCGGAUCCCCUGGAGAUUGGAUACCAAGCCCACCUGCCCCCGGAAUCCCUUUCACAGCUUGUGAGCCGCCAACCUCCCAAGUCCCCUCAGGUCCUCUAUUCACCAGUCUCACCGCUCUCCCCACACCGGCUCCUGGAUACCUCUUUUGCUUCCAGUGAGAGGCUGAACAAGGCUCACGUAAGUCCUCAGAAGCACUUCACAGUCGACAGUGCUCUCCGCCAGCAGACACUGCCUCGCCCCAUGAAGACCCUGCAGCGGUCCUUGUCUGACCCUAAGCCCCUCAGUCCCACCGCCGAGGAGUCUGCCAAAGAGAGGUUCUCCCUCUACCAGCACCAGGGGGGACUGGGUAGCCAGGUGUCGGCGCUGCCACCCAACGGCCUGGUCCGCAAGGUGAAGCGGACACUACCCAGCCCCCCUCCAGAGGAGGCUCACCUGCCCCUGGCUGCCCAGGCCUCCCCACAGCUGUAUGCAGCCAGCCUGCUGCAGCGUGGGCUGGCAGGACCCACCGCUGUCCCUGCCACCAAGGCCAGCCUGCUUCGGGAGCUGGACCGGGACCUGCGGCUGGUGGAGCAUGAAUCCACCAAGCUGCGCAAGAAGCAGGCAGAGCUGGACGAGGAGGAGAAGGAGAUCGACGCCAAGCUCAAGUACCUGGAGCUGGGCAUCACACAGCGCAAAGAGUCUUUGGCCAAAGACCGGGGUGGCCGUGACUACCCACCCUUGCGUGGGCUCGGUGAGCAUCGCGACUACCUGUCAGACAGUGAGCUCAACCAGCUACGGCUUCAAGGCUGUGCCACUCCCGCUGGCCAAUAUGCAGACUUCCCUGUCACUGCUGCUGCUCCUGCCACCCCCUCCGGCCCCACUGCUUUCCAGCAGCCCCGGUUCCCACCUUCGGCCCAGCAGUACACUGCAGGCAGUGGUGGGCCAGCUCAGAACGGAUUCCCAGCCCACCAGGCACCCACCUACCCUGGCCCCAGCACGUACCCAGCACCUGCAUUUCCUCCUGGCACCAGUUACCCAGCUGAACCUAGCCAGCAAACUUUCCGUCCCACAGGCCAUUAUGCAGGCCAAACACCUAUGCCAUCUACACAGAGCACCCUUUACCCAGUCCCAACUGACAGCCGUGCCCCCCACCAAAAGCCGCGCCAGACAUCACUAGCUGACUUGGAGCAGAAGGUACCCACCAACUAUGAGGUGAUUGGCAGCCCUGCCAUAGCCAUGUCUUCAGCCCCAUCUGAAACUAGCUAUAGCAGCCCAGCUAUAAGCAGCAGCUACGAGCAAGGCAAGGCCUCUGAGCUGUCCCGGGCUGGUGACCGUGGUAGCAGCGCGAGCUUGAGCUCAGCCCCCACCUACCCUUCUGACUCACAUUACACCAGCCUAGAGCAGAAUGUCCCUCGGAACUAUGUGAUGAUUGAUGACAUCAGUGAGCUGACCAAAGACAGCACAUCCACGGCCCCUGAUAGCCAGCGGCUGGAACCCAUGGGGCCAAGCAGCAGUGGGCGUCCAGGGAAAGAUCCUGGAGAAUCAGGUGUCCUUGAAGGGCCUGCGCUGCCCUGUUGCUAUGCCAGAGGGGAGGAAGAAUCCGAGGAGGACUCAUAUGACCCCCGCGGAAAAAGUGGCCAUCACAGGAGCAUGGAGAGCAACGGCCGACCAGCUAGCACCCACUACUACAGUGACAGUGACUACAGACACGGAGCUCGAGUAGAGAAGUAUGGUCCGAGCCCCGUGGGGCCCAAGCAUCCCUCCAAGAGCCUGGCUCCAGCUGCUGUCUCCUCCAAGCGCAGCAAGCACCGGAAGCAGGGCAUGGAGCAAAAGAUCUCCAAGUUCUCCCCUAUCGAAGAAGCCAAGGACGUGGAGUCAGACCUGGCGUCCUAUCCCUCCCCUGCAGUCAGCAGCAACAUACCCUCUCGGGGCAGGAAGUUCCAGGACGAAAUCACCUAUGGGCUCAAGAAGAAUGUGUAUGAGCAGCAGAGGUACUAUGGGGUGUCCAGCCGGGACCCAGUAGAGGAGGAUGACCGCGUGUAUGGUGGGAGCAGCCGGUCCCGGGUAGCAUCUGCAUACAGUGGGGAGAAGCUGUCCAGCCAUGACUAUAGUGGCCGAGGCAAGGCGUAUGAACGGGAACGGGAGGCUGUGGAGCGACAUCAAAAAGGGGGACCCAAGCCCUCAUCCCUGAGCAUGGCCCAUAGCCGGGCCCGGCCCCCCAUGCGGAGCCAGGCCUCUGAAGAGGAGAGCCCUGUCAGCCCCUUGGGGCGGCCCCGUCCCGCCGGGGGCACCAUCCCUCCUGGGGACACCUGUCCGCAGUUCUGCUCCAGCCACUCCAUGCCUGAUGUCCAGGAGCACAUCAAGGACGGACCACGGGCUCAUGCGUAUAAACGCGAGGAGGGCUACAUCCUGGAUGAUUCCCACUGCGUAGUUUCUGACAGUGAAGCGUAUCACCUGGGCCAGGAGGAGACAGACUGGUUUGAUAAGCCCCGGGAUGCCCGCUCUGACCGGUUCAGGCACCACGGGGGCCACGCAGUCUCUUCCUCCCAAAAGCGAGGCCCUGCCAGGCACAGCUACCACGACUACGAUGAACCCCCGGAGGAAGGCAUGUGGCCACCCGAUGAGGGUGGCCUGAGUCGCCACACCUCAGCCAAGGAACACCGGCAUCACAGUGACCAUGGGCGCCACUCAGGCCGCCAUGCUGGUGAGGAGCCGGGCCGGCGUGCUGCUAAACCACACGCUCGGGAACUGGGUCGCCAUGAGGCCCGGCCUCACCCUCAGCCCAGCUCUGCCCCAGCCAUGCAGAAGAAGGGUCAGCCUGGGUACCCCAGCUCUGCUGAAUACGCACAGCCAUCCCGUGUUCCAUCAACAUACCAUCAUGCCUCUGAUAGCAAGAAGGGCUCCCGGCAGGCCCACUCUGGGCCUGCUGCAAUGCAGCCAAAGCCAGAACCCCAGCCACAGCCACAAGGCCGGCAGGCAGCUCCAGGGUCACAGCAGUCACAACCGCCGCCAUCCAGACAAACACCCUCAGCAACUGCAGCCCGCCAGCCACAGAUGCAGCAGCAGCAGCAGCAACAGCAACAAGGUCUCGGGCUACAGCCCUCCCAGCAGGCCCCGUCACAGGCUCGGCUGCAGCAGCAGGGUCAGCCAGCCACCCGGGGCCCAGCCCCUGCAGCCAGCCAGCCAGCAGGAAAGCCUCAGCCAGGUCCUACAACAGCCACAGGCCCCCUGCCAACAGGACCACCACGGACUGAACAGGCCAACGGCUCUAAAGGGAUAGCCAAAGCACCCCAGCAGGGGAGGCCUCCUCAGACCCAGCCACCACCAGGAUCUGGACCUACAGGCGCAAAGGCUGGAGCCAGGCCUGGAGGGACCCCAGCGGCUCCUGCCGGCCAGCCUGGUGCCGAUGGGGAAAGUGUGUUUUCCAAGAUUCUCCCUGGAGGGGCAGCAGAGCAGGCUGGCAAGCUGACAGAAGCUGUCUCUGCUUUUGGCAAAAAAUUUUCCUCAUUCUGGUGACCAUUCCCUAUAGGGCUCUUGAAGAUAUGAAGGGAGAUGAUAUCAUUGCUGUGGAAAAAUCUCUGGAGUCAGAGGCCUGGGCGCAGCUCUGGACUCUGCGUAUAACACACCUACAAACUGGCAAACCCUUGGCCCAAAGACUCACACCAGGUGGGACGUGGCGGCAGGCCUCAGUUCAGGACGGGAUGUUUUAUAAUAGCAGCUGCCUGAGUGAAGCACCCGCUGGACAAGUGGGACCACUGGCCCAGGGAUCUUUGAUUGUCUUUCCAGAGACCCUGCUCCCCUCAGGGCGCUACCUUCAAGGCACAGGCGUUGCUGGGAGGCAGGAACCCUCUCCGGAAACCCUGCCGCUGUGGCGGUCUUGCUGCUCUUCCCACAGCCGCCUCGCUGCGGCCUGGCCAGCCAGGCUUCCAAUGCGUUAUACACAGAGUUUGGGUGCACGCUGCCUGUUUCAGAUGGACGCUGCCCUCCCUCCACGAUGCCAGAAGUUUUUCCACAGCCUUGGAAAGGGGCUUUGACUGAGGGUGGGGGGUCCUGGGCUCCGUUUCCUUCACAUUCCAGCUGGCCCAGAUCCCUCUGUGGCCACAGGACCCUGCCCCCCUCACCCUGCUCUCCGGGUGACAUCGGAGCAGACCUCCACGUGGCUAGAGUGGGGUUGGGAGAACUUUACAAACAUUAGGACCUAACACUGUCUCAUCGCUGAAAUAAGAGGCCAUAGCACCGAAAAGCAGCGUGGGCGCCGGCUGAGACUUCUCCCAGCCCAUGGGUGGCAGUGUGCCAGCUCGCCUGCCACCAUCUCAAAGCCAUCCCCCCAGCCAUCGUGAGCACUCCAGCAGCACCACCAUUGUCUCGACCAGCCGGCUCCUCAUUCAUACACCUGGGGAUUUCUUUUGAUUUCAACAGCAGCCUUAAUCAUUUCAGUUUGAUUUACAUGUAUACCUCAUAAACAUUUUUCUUUUGUUUCUCCUUCUCUCUUUUCUCUCUCUUUGCCCACCUCCUUGCCUCUCCCCUCCACCACAACCUUGUGACUGAUGGUUUGGUUUCUUCUCUGCUCUGUCCCUGCUCAGCACAGGGAGAAUGUUGACUUAGAAGCAAUAGUGGGCAGCAGGCCACCAAGAGCACAACCCCAGGGCGAGGUCUAGGGAGGCCCCUCAGCCCGCUUCUGUUUACUGUGCAAUUCCAGUCCUUAAGCCAUCACCAGUGGGCAUGCUCAGAGCAGAGGGGCCAGGGCUUCUGCCAGCCAAGGGAAGGGCCCAGCGCCCUGUGUCGGGGAGUGUGGCACUGUCUGUCCACCUGGUGGGCUGGGCCACGUUCUUUCCCAAGGCCCUUCCCUUGGGGGCCUCCUUCAUCUUGGGCACAGUCACAAGUCUCAUCUCUAAUGUUCUAUGCAAUGAAAUAUAAACCCUCAAAGACAACUGUUAAUAUUUAAUAAAUUCCAUGUUAUGUAUAAGGAGUUAAUUGCAAACCUGCAAUUGAGAAACUGAAUAGAUAUGCUCAUAUCGAACCCCCGCCCCUGUUCCCACCGUGUGUGUGAAACUCUCAGUCUGUGGCAUGUUUGACCUGUGGCAGGACUCGCUGCUGCCAGGCGAGUCACCGCCUGUCCCGCAGCGGAGCAUGCACAGCUCGCAGCCUCUUUGCACGAUUUCAUCCAUUUUAAAUGCUCGACCCUCUUGCUUGGAGUUCUUUUUGCCUCAGAACCUCUCCUUCAGGAGUGCUUCUAGCUGACUUCUGCACGAGCUAGUGAGGACCUGCUGGAACUUUCACCUGAGUGUGCCAGGCUGUGGGGCAGGCUGUAUGAGGCCCCACAUGCCCUGAGGCUUUCUCUGACCAAGAUGGCAGGUGAACAGGAGUAGACACGCUAGAGGGAGCCCACGCAUAGUGUGUGUGCAUGAAUGUUUUGAAGGUUUGUUGCAGGAUUUCCAUCUGUAAGUCGCUCCCCCUCUUACCCAAGCCCUGAGCCAGAGGCAUCGGGCCACCCCUUCCCAGCUAAGGACUGCUCAAAGGCAGAGCUGGGCUGCGUCUGUGACCAGAUAGACAGAGGCCAAGGGCAGGACCUGCCUCUGUCCUAGGGCCCCCACCCCAUCCGCCAUCUCUGACUGCACAUGGCUCUCCUCUGUGGCUGGCUGCUUAAAUAUCUGUGAACCAAAAGAUCUAGGCUGGGGUCAAGGGUCAAAGGGUGCUCAGGAAGAGCUGGACCUUUAACUGACAGUGUCAUUUUGGACCAGAGUAGACAUUCACAUAGACCAUGGCUCCCAACUGAAUUUCUGGGGAAGCUGCUAAAUAGCAAAACUUAGAGAAGGUCCUGUUGUGAUCCUCUCUGUAUCUGUCCCCAGGACCCAAACUCUCUGAUCACCUCCAUCUUUGAGGCUCCAGUAUCCCAGUGCUCAUCAGCUCUCUGAAUGAGCCAAGUGUGCAGCCAUCAGUUGCUUCCCAACCCCUUGAGGCCUACCCUUCUUGCAGAGUUCUCUGGUUUGCACCAUGCGUUUCUCAGGGGUCCACAUUUCUCAUGCUUUCCAGUAAGGUCUACACACUCCUUCAGGGAGAGAUCCUGGCCCAUCUCUGGCAGCAGUGGAUGGGACAGGAGACUGGCAAUCUCUGUAUCGGAACAGAGACUCUGGCCCUCUGGGAUCUGGGCCUCACUCUCUCGUGGGACACCUGCCUCAUCCCAGAGAGAAGACCCGGGCUGUAUGAGGCCAUCUGAGCAAGGGCUGAGGGAGGCCACCAUCCAGCACCUCUGACCACCCAGGGCCAAGCCUCUCUGGGGAUUGCCUAGUGACUGGAUAUUAGGGGGCCUGAGAAUCCUUCCCACUAGAGGCCAGGGGAUGGGGCAAGGAGCAGGGAACAGGCACAGAGAUGACAGGCAGUCAGCCUCCAUCGGGCCUAGUCUCAGGCUCUAAAAUGUUGAUUUUUCAGCAAAUUUAUUUCUGGCCGAGCCCUCUGAGUUUGAAAUUUCUGAUACCUGCCACUCCCUAUCCUCCAAUGUACCCACGAGACACAUCUGUACCCAUCACUCCUUGUAAAGGUGGCUGGAGUUCUGGGUCACAGGGGCCCUGGCCCUUGGUAGAUGCAGCUAGGGCUGUGGGGGUGCUGCAGCCAGAGGCUGAGGGACCAGUAUUUCGUGCGUUGGGCUGUGGGGAACAUUAAGCACAUCUCCAAAUGGGAUCCUGGCUUGUAGUCCAGGCCUUCUCCAUACCUGCCUCCCCAGUAUCCUAAGCAAGGGUAAUGCCUCCUCUGCCCACUUCAGGAAUUUAUGGACUCACUUCACAGUGACACCCUCCUUCCCCACUAUCUGCUUAGUCCUUGGGCAGAGAGUGGGGUCUCAGGGCUCAUGAUGAGAGGGCAGCAGUGGCAGCAACUGUGGCCUAUCUGCUUAACAUGUGGGGAGCUUUCUAGGCAGAUCCUUUGCCAUGGCAAUAUGGUCCUGGUCUGCUGGCCCCUCCCCUCUUCCUGCUCUCUUCCUCCCAAUCUGUAAAUAUUUGUCACUGUAGACUCCAACAGGGUCAGAGGGAUAGGCCUGAUCAACUGAAACUCCUCAGAGAUGUCAUCUCUGUCGCCCUGUGCACCAGGGUACCAGCAACCCUGCUGCCGCCACGUGCACCAGGGUGGUACUGGAGAGCCAUGAAAGUCUCGAGACAUUGAGUGUGUGUGCAUGUGUACAAGCGCGUGAGUGUGUAUGUGUGUGUGUCUGCCUCAUUCAGCCUCUGGGAUCAAAUCAGCUCCUCCUCUCCGAGUGCAAUGCCUUGGAGGGUGGUGGCCGCCCAACGCCUUUCCUCUGCUAGCUCCCAUGUCUUGUUUUUGCUUCCCCCUCACUCCUUCUCACCCUCCUUCCCCCUCUCCCUUUCUUUCCUUCUCUCCUUCUUUAUUUGAGGGGGGAAGAGUGCUGUACAAAGUCAAACAAACAAGUUUACAGUUGUGAGUGCAAUGACCCGAGUCCUCCACAUGACCUUGUGAAUUGUGUGCUGUCCUCCUGUGCUCUGUGAGAACUCGUGGUACUUCAGUGUCCCCCCACCCUGUAUCGUGACAAGGUAACUCUGUGGUAUCAGAAUAAAAGGACUUGAUAUAAA